AUGGAAGGCGAUAACCCUUUCGAGAAGGCUCAGACCGUUCAUCCAGAAGUCAGAGCAUAUGUCUACAGUCUCGUCAAUGCACUCGGUGGCACCACCACCGACGACGAUGGACGCUAUAUUCUGGGUGACGAUGCGCUGGCUUGUCUACGCGAUCUAAAGAGGUGGCUAAAAUUAUACGAUGAGAAGAACAACCGGCUCGAUGUCGCGAGGUGUUUGGCCGAGGCAAAGCUCGUAGGAGGAGAUCUGGUUCCAAUUCUCGCUUCCUGGCCCGAAGAUGGGAAAGAGAACAAGGUCAAAGCAAGAGUUGCCCUCGCAUGUCUGGAAGUUCUUGUGCCAUUGACAUGGCCUUUGGAGACAGGAGGGGAAAUGACUUUCAAUCACCACCGACACAUUCCCUAUCUUCAGCAAGCACAGGUGAUCUACAAGGCCGCUGUUCUGGGAUGCGAUACUAGCAGUAUCUUGCGUCAAGUGGUGCGAAUUGGUCUCCCUUCAGUUGCAGCUGCAAAGGAAGCGAGAACAAGCCGAGAGGAUAGCAUUCUCAAACUCAUGCUUUACUUCUUCCGAAAUAUUGCUGUUAUACAGCAAGUGCCUAACCUUCCAAGCCAGGGCCUGGACUCGGAGGUUUCGAGAUCAGCUACUAUAGAAGCUUUUAGAGACCAAGAUGUCUUUGCCCUGCUUCUUACAAUCUGCUCGAACAUGGGUGAGGAUUUCAAUCUGCAGGAUGUGAUUGUGUUGGAUAUCAUUUUCAAUCUCAUCAAAGGAGUUGAUCCGAAGAAGUUAUGGAUGACUGAGGAAGAGAGAAAGGGCCAAGGUAUCUCAGACUUGAGCGCCGCACUUGCCCUCGAAGCUCUAGAGGCCAACGAGGCCAAGAAGAAUCAAUCGACUCGACAUGGACGCUUUGGCACUAUGCUCUGGGUCAAGCGAGAGGGUCAGAACAUGGUCGCGGUCUCAGGACAGGACAACCUCCAAAAUGAUGACAUGGCAUUUUUCAACAUGGACAAAUCCAAGAAAUGGAACAAACCUCAGCAAAAGCGAAGAGAUCUUGACCACACUAUUCACGACUUCGAUCACACCACCCGCCUCACCACUUCAGCCACUGGGAAGCUGAGGAAUUUCGUUGAAGAGUUUCUGGAUUCUGGGUUCAAUCCAUUUUUCACCCAUCUACGCAAGGCCAUCGAACGCGAAGCCGAACGUCUACUUGAUGUCAAUUAUCGACAAUUCUUUUACGCCGUGGCUUGGUUUCUUGAAGCCGAGCGAAUACGAAGGGAAACGCAAAAGAAAGAAGUCAAACCGAACAAGGUUCGGUCCGAUUUCGAAGAUGAAAGUUACUCGCUUGUGGCCGCGGUAUUAAACCAAGAAACAUUUAUCAUGCUCAAUCGAUUUAUGCAGGUUUCAGUGGACAAUAAAGAGUGGCAGGACCUCAAUGCGUCAAUGCGAUGCUUCACUCAGGUCCUUCUUACCGUCCAAGAAAUGACCCAAAGUUCCCUCGAGGAUGAUCAAGAAAUUGCAGACAACAUCCAGAAUCGCAUAUUCUAUGAGGAGACGACGCAUGACAGGAUAACGAAUAUUCUGAAGGCCUACAAGGACCAAGGCUUUGGUUAUCUGGAUGCUUGUACCGAGCUGUCACACGUCUUCUUGCGCAUGUUGGAGCGUUAUUCAAAAGAGAAUGUGGAUUUACAAAUACGAUCUCGGAGGAAGGCAAAGAGGAAACGUAAGGAGGCAGCGAAACAGGCCGCGAUCAAUGGAGAACAGCCUGCCGAGAACGAAGCUGAAGACUCUGAGAACGAGGACAUCGCCGAUGUUGUGCAGGUUUCCAAAGAACGGAAGUUCGACUUCAAUCGUUUCGCUGCGAAAUUUUCAACCCAGGCCUCUGUGAACACUUAUGUAUCGCUACUCAAAUUCUACCGAGAUCUUUCCUCCGAACAGCUCAAGCGGGCACAUCGAUUCUUCUAUCGACUUGCUUUCAAACAAGAUCUUGCGGUGCUGUUAUAUCGAGUUGACAUCGUGGCACUUUUAUACAAGUUGAUUAACGGCCCCGAAGGCCUGGACACCAAGAAUCCGAUGUAUAAAGAAUGGUCAGAGUUUACCCGCCAAGUUUUCAAGAAGAUGUUCCGGAAAAUUGAGCAGAGGCCUGAGUUGAUCGUUGAGCUCUUGUUUAGCAAGAUCAACUCUACCUUGUACUACCUAGAAUUCGGUCACGAGAAACAAACUGUUGCUGCAAGUCGCGCUCCCACAGAGUUGGAAAUUCGUCCGGCCCCAGGGAGAGACACCAAGGAGCAAAUUGGCAUUGUUGUUACCAUACUAUUGAAGGACGAGAAGGCCAACCUCGUACGUUGGGUCAAGGAAAUACUCAGUAAAGGAUUCGAUGAGCGACAUGGUUGGGAAGCCGAAGCCGAAUCGCGGAGACUUGCUGCGAUUGAGACUGCCCAAAAGAACGGUCAUUCAGUUCCCUCAGAAAUUGAUGUUGGCCAACCCAAUUAUAUUACAGUAUGGCCGACCUCGGAUGACAUCCGGACUGCAAUGUUCAAGAAUGCUCGGCUCAAGCUGCUAAUGCGUUUGGUUGGGUUUGAACUGCUUGGAGAAGAGGAUGCUCUCGGAGUGCCAUGGAUCAUACCAGGAAGCUUGUCAGCAGCAACUCUUAACACUUCCAAAGAAGCUAUCGAGCAAUACGAACAAACGCCGUGGCAGAGCGAUGUUCAAGAUGAGGAUGCAGAGGAUCUAGUUCGUCGCAGCAGGAAGCAGGCCAAGGACCCACUCGACAACGAGGCAACACACCAGGAUGGAUCCCUGGAUGAUUCGGAAGGCGAGGAGGAGUUCAUGUUCCCUGACAAUCCAAGAAAGAAAAGGUCGAAGGAUGUGCUUGAUGAUUUGAAAGUUAAGCGGCGCAAGAGAAAGCGUACGACAGGAGAUGAUGACGAAGAGGAGGUGGAUGAAGAAUUGGCUGCUCGGAGAAGAGCCGCCAGGGAGGCUGCUCUGCGAGAUCGAAGACGCAAGAUCAAGAGCGAGGCUUACAUACGAGACAGCGACGAUGAAUCCGAUGAUGAGAGAGACCGCCUCUUCUUCCAGAAGGAGGAGGAAGUCCGACAAAAGCAACAGGACACCAUACGCAAACAGAUAGCUCUAGGUCUCAGUGAGUCAACGACGGGGGACACUGGCAGAGGGAAGAAAAAGCAAAAGCAAUUACCACCACCAACUCAAGAAAAUGAUCUAGACGAUGAUGAUCUUCUCAUGCUUUAUAUUGACGACUAUCCAAACGAAACCGCUUCAUCACAGCCACAAAGAAUGUCAGCCUCGGACAAGGACUCUGAGGAAGACGAGAGCACGCCCUUGUCUUCGCAGAGCUCGGGCAUGAGGAAGGUGGUGCAAAGGGCGGAUGAAACGCUCAGAGCAACUCCCCGGACCAAGAACGGAGCAACCGUAUCGUUGGAGGGACCGCAGGAUGAUCAAACAGACCAGAACGAUCUUGACAAGAACGUGUCCCCAAUCGUACCGCGGCGGCAGAUGAGGGCUGGAUUUAUUGUCGAUAGUGACGAUGACGACUAA